UUCUGUAUACAUCGCAAUCGUUUUAAUUAUGUCUGGACGCGGCAAACAGGGUGGCAAAGCUCGCGCCAAGGCCAAGACCCGCUCCUCCCGGGCCGGCCUGCAGUUCCCCGUGGGCCGCGUGCACCGGCUGCUCCGCAAGGGCAACUACUCGGAGCGGGUGGGCGCCGGCGCCCCGGUGUACCUGGCGGCCGUGCUGGAGUACCUGACAGCCGAGAUCCUGGAGCUGGCGGGCAACGCGGCCCGCGACAACAAGAAGACGCGCAUCAUCCCGCGCCACCUGCAGCUGGCCAUCCGCAACGACGAGGAGCUCAACAAGCUGCUGGGCCGCGUCACCAUCGCGCAGGGCGGCGUCCUGCCCAACAUCCAGGCCGUGCUGCUGCCCAAGAAGACCGAGAGCAGCCACCACAAGGCUAAGGGGAAGUAAGGCUUGAAGAGAGUGUCAAAUAUCCCGGUGUAGAGUUCUGCCAGGCAGAAAUGGGUACUGGAUUCCAAUUCGUGUCCUCUGCAGAAGCAGUAAGUGCUCUUCGAUGCUGACCAAUCUCUACAGCCUCAAUGUACAAAUCUUUUUUGUUUACGCAUUCAUCCAUUCUAUUAUUCACUGACAGUGUCACUACAGUCCUGGCUGCCCUGUAACACUUACCUUAUACCCCUGAUUAGCUUCAAAUUCAUAGCAAUUUCACUAUCUUACCCUACUUUUUUCUGGGACUAUUGACAAGGAUCACUUUGUCUUGUUGAGAGUUAAAUAUAUUGCCAGGACAAGGGGUGUGACUGGAAUUGUUUCUGUGCUUUGACAAUAAAAGGGAAAUUGGACAGUGGUGGGUUUAGUUAUAAGAAAUCUUGAAACCUUUAUAACUAUAAUCAUUGUGGUAAAGGCUAGAAAAGGCAAAAGAAAUUAAUUUGUAGUUGAAUUCCAAUCCAUCCAGCAGGUAGGCCUCAGUAGCCUUCGCAGGAAAGGCCCACCUUCUUUCAAAGAUAACAAACAAACAAACAAACAAACAAAAAUGUGCCUUUACUUAUAACAGUUAUGGGGUAUGAAAUGCAAGUAAUUAAGUUCCAAGUACAAAAUAGACAUGUUUAUACUAUGUAAUUCCUCACUGAAAAAAUCACUACAAAGCCCUACAUGGCUCAAAAGAAUGUAUAUUAUCAAGUGUCUGUGUGAUUAUCUGGGACUAGUUGAAAAAGUAGUCAAACAAGCAUUUAUCAGAAGUAAUUACAACCCUGUGACCUAGCUAUAUUGUAAUCUUUUUGUUAUUUUUUUCUAUGGGAAAUGAUAAUUGUGCUUUGGAAUGAAACAAAGUGUCAGUUGUCAGGAACUUUCAAGUGAGAGUCUCAAAGCACUAAUUGGGAGUGCCAGGCUUAAGUAAACUGAAAACCAUGACCCCCUAAAAUAUUUUUGAAUACUAUCAGCAAAUCUUUCAGACUAAACAUUCAUAUUUCAAUGAAAGGAAGUACAUUCCAUGAUGGCCUUAAUUCCAAAAUUCAAAUAUUUCUCAAUAUAAGUUAGAGCUCCUCCAUGAUGUCCAGAGUUCCUUUUCUUGAUGUCCUCAGAUGAAGAAUCUGCAUCUUCCACCUCCCUCAGGCAAACAAUGACCAUAUAACCUAGGAGUUGGGGUGGAGGGCUAAUGUUCAAUUUCCAAAGCUAAGCAACAGGAAAAAACUAGAACCAUCCAUCAUAGACACCUCUUUGUCAUCAGUCAAAUCAAUGGCUUACUUCUUUAACUCAUUAUUUUAAUUAUUAAAAUUAAGGUACAAUAAGAAGAUAGGACCCUCAGCUAUACCUUUUUGAUUCUCAUAUACCUCUCUUAUUGAAGACUAUCAGCACAGUUAUUCAAAGACCGUCCAGACUUCAAACUACAGAGAAAAUAUCAGAGCAUUAUUAAAAUGACUUAUGAACCACUCUCAGGAUGGAAAUGUGUCUUAAUCUUACCCAUGGUCAUUGCCUGCAAAAAAUUAUUUUCUAACUUUUAUUCAUGUUUUAAUCUUAACUAUAUACUUAUCAUUUCUAAGCCUAUAGAAA